CUGUGAGGAAUUUGUGUUUGUGUCAACUUUGGCGCCCCCUGUGGACAAGUCAGUCUUUUCUUAUCUUUUCCUUAACAUACUUAUGUAUCAUCUUUAUCCAAAAAUAAUCCAAUCACUCUGACUUUUCACAGCCAAAUCACAUAAUGUGAAUAUUUUACAUGGAAAAUGUGAAAAUGACGGACACCUAUCCCCUCACACCGGUUUAAGGCAUUCAAAUUUACAACACAAUAUUUGUUUACCUUGUUGCAGAUAGUCUUGGUUACUUUUGUGUAUCAUAUAAAGGUAUUAAUAUAAAAUGAACUGAACUUCAUGAACUUUAGAAAAAAUCCCCACAGGAGCUUUAAGUUUAAUCUGAUUUUAUCACAAAAAAUCAAGUAAGACACCUGUAGACAAGUGUCUAUCCUGUGUAUAUCAGGUAAGCACAGUAGAAGUGGAAAAGUGAGAAAAAGCACUUAAACAAGAGUUGUUUAACUUGUUGUUUAACUUUCUUUUUUUGUUUAACUUUCUGUUUCUGCUUUAAACAGACAGAAGAAACUCUGAAGUGAACCAACUCGACGUACACUUCAGAGUUUAUAGUGUAAAUACUUAUCUCUAUAUUUUUACUUAUUUUAUCUUCUACUUUAUUAUUUAUCUCCUUGUACUGUUUUUACUGUAUUUGCACUGGAGUACUGUAACAAAAGCAAUUUUCUGUCUGGGGGUUAUUUAAGUAUUUCUGACUCUGUAUCUCUGUAGGUCAAAUUUAAGGGCUGGAUGUUCUCCUUGUGAGACUUAAGCUUCAAAUGUGCAGGAAUAAUGUCAAAUUAAUAUGACAGUUAACUUUUUCCGUGUUUUACAGCAUGAAAAGAAUCAAAAAAGUAUGUGUACCUGAUUCAAAAAAUAGUUAGAAAGGCUUUUCAGGGGCGUCAACAAAGUGCAGCUGCCUUUUGGAUUAAACUUUGACUAACUUUGAUUUAAGAUUGCUGAGAUUCCUCAUAGGAUUUGAAAGUUCUUUAGGAGAAAAAAACUUUUACAUGUGACCUUAAGCUGUGUUCUCCUGUCUGAGAGCCUUGGCUUUGUGAUAAAUCAGGUAAAUAAUAUGUUGCUUGAUAAAAUGUUCAUUAGAUAUAACUACUUUGGGAUAUAUUUAAGCCUCUUAUGUGACUAUAAUUGCAACAGGGAAACUUCAAACAACCCCAUUGUUCUUUGGUGGAGAUGUGAAAUCUCUGUUUCUGUGGGUUGUAGCAGCACAAGAGGCCUUCACCGGGAUAUCUGCAGCGUGGACGGCCAUCACAGCCAAAAAGGGUGAGUUUUAGAUCUUCAGAGAGGGGUUGUAGAGCUCAUUUGGUUUGAUAAGAACAGCAGGCAGUGAUAUCACACCCUAAAUUCCUGCACAUACUUGUAUUGUUGUGUUUGCACGGACAGCCCAUGUGCCGUGUCGGAUCUGAACUUCCUCGUCCUGCAGAAAGAAGGAGGAUAGAGGAGUGACGUCGCAGCCCGCAGAGAGGCCCGCACCACGGCGGGAGGAGAGGAGAGGAAAGGAGAGGAGAGAGGCAGGGACGGACGGACGCUGCUGCAGCAAAUACAGGAAAGAGAGAGCCAGGGCGACAAUCAACCGGCAACCGAGGGGAAACUUUGUGGAGACGAUACACGCAGCCAUAAUGCGGCACCGCCCGCCGACCCCGGAGCUGAUGUGACUGCACACCCAGAGCAGGGAGGAAGCGGCGGACUCCAGCGCUACCUCUCCCCGGUCGCCUCGCCUCGCCUCGUCGCGGCAGGUCGGACGGUCGGUCUGUCUGACUGGAGGAGGUGGAGGAGGAGAAAGGGGGGACAUGUCCUCUCUAACCGUAGAGGAGGACCAGAAAUGGGUACCGACGCACGUCCAGGUGACGGUGCUGAGAGGCAGGGGCUUACGGGGCAAGGGCAAACACGGCACCAGCGACGUGUACACUAUCAUUCAGCUGGGGAAGGAGAAGUACUCGACCGGCGUGGCGGAGAAGACCACCGAGCCGGAGUGGAAAGAGGAGUGCUCGUUUGAGCUGCAGCCCAGCGUGCUGGAGAGCGGCUGUCCGGCCGGGAGCAACGAGCUGGUCCUCACCGUGAUGCACCGGGCGCUUAUCGGACUGGAUGUGUUCCUCGGCCAGGCUGUGAUCCGGCUCGAUAAGGUCUUCAGCGAGACACGAUGCGUUAAAAACGAGUAAGUCAUAGUAACUGUGUUUGUGUGUAUUUUUGGCGACAGCAUGCAGACCAGCUAAAAUCUGCAAGCCUAUGAAGCCUCAUCUUCCACCACUUUCUCUCUUUUCCCAUGCUCAUUGAACUCAUCAGGGUGUUUCUCGUCUUUGCAGCCUGCUUUUGUCCGGUUUUAGUUUGUUCCUCAGACAUAAACACAGCUGUCAAAUCAGUGGUGCUGCAUCAGGGCCCUGCAGACACACCCUCCCUCCUCCUCCCACAGACACCAAACUAACUCUGAGUACAUCUGAGCCCACUACACCUCACCGAGGCUACAGGCUACCCCCCAAACACAGAACAUCCUAGAAACUUCUGAUUUCACCUCCACACUUUGAGCAUGUUGUGUUUUGUUAUGUUGUAGGUGUGUGAGAUGUUGUUGCCCACUAUCUGAGGCAUGGCAAAUGGGCUAGGGGGGAUUAAUGCCUGUCCCAAUUCCAGGGAUUAUCUAACCAAUCCAUGAUCCCAGAGCUCGAAGGUAUUUUUAGCAUAACAUGUUGUUUUACAAAAACCCACCCAAGAAGAGAACAUACCUGAAUGUAGAGAUGUGAUCGGAAGUUUGAGGCUUCAUUUACUGUACAUGACAGUGUUUACAGUAGCCAAUUUAUUGGGGAAAGUCCCUCCCUCAACCGCAAAAACAAGUUAUAAAUCAAUGAAACUGAAAGAUUUGAGAUGACAAACAUAUAUAAUCCAAAUUUAUACAAACAUCAUGUUUUAUAACAGUUUGUACAGAGACAAAAAACACUGAAAAAGUUUGCUAGUGCUAAAAAAUAAAUAGAGUCUUCUAGAAGAGAUUUAACACUCUGUGAGAGGGGAGAGCUGGGGGAGAAAAUAGUUCAGCAAUCCCAGAUUAAUUCUCGUCAACACAAAACCGAGAACUUGGGGUUUUAAUCAUCAACGGUAUCCUUACAUAACAUUAUUAAAAGAUGAUUAAGAGAAUCUAGAGAAGUCUCUGGAACCGAGACGAUAAACCCAAACUGAAUGACCGAGAUCUUUGGUCAUUUGGCAGCUAAUCUCUCUGCAUUUAAUCAGACCCGACUCUGUAGUGGAACUCGCUGCAUGGGCUCUAAAUCACAUCCAAAACCCGGUCUGUUAACUGCAUUAAGACAUGAAGAUUAGACUGUACCAUGCAGAGAAGAAACUGUCAUAAUCCAGGGAUAUCUACAUGUUUUAGAGCAACAUAUGCUAUCAUCCAGAAAACCUCAUUUUUCAGGGAGGAACUAAUAAUAUAGAUACAGUACUGCAUUUUGCACUUGUCAUUAUUGAGCAUCUGAAAUCAAUGAGACAACUUUCUACUUUCAUAACCCAGAAACUGGUCUCCUUGGUUCCAAACAGAGUCCAUUUAAAGUAAUAGGUGAUGCAACCCAUGGGUAAACAUGCCCCUGAACAGUUUUGAAUCAUGUUGCAGGCAUCAAAUUUAAAAUGUAAACCUAAUUGCAUUAAUAACUUCACUUCACACACACACAAAAAAGUUCUAUACAAAUAAAAAAAAUAAUGUCUAAACCUCUUGCAUUGUAAGCAAGAAACCACAUAAGAUUUGGAUAUUUGUCCUGACAGCAAUGCAUUAUGGUCAACUGAGGCACCUGUCAGUUACAAUAUUUGGCCCGAAGCCUCUUUCUCUUCUCCUGUUUUUCAUUUCAGCUUGAUUUGUUUAGGCAAUACAAGCGUUCACAUCAGCGACGUUUUCCUGUCCUGCGAUAUUUCGGCAUUUAUUUUUUCGGAUCAUGGUCGAUUUUUAAAGUUGCGCAUACUGUGUGUCCACUUCUGACCAAUCAGAUUGCGUGUUGUUGCGACGUCUGAAGGACAACUUGUGGAGAGUCAUAGAGUCGGAUCUCUCAGUUUGCUAAACGUCUUUGUUUUAACUUUCAUCUGUGCUAACGUAAGCUAACAGUUGUUACCAUAGUUUCAUGUGCUUAUCUUAUCGCCUCUGAUUGGCUAUAAGUGCUGACCGUUUGGCUUGAGCGUGUAAUGACGUUUCCAGCUUUUCUAGCCAAUCAGAGGCGAAGGAGCGGGACUUUCCCCGACGAAAGUCUUCCCCGGGAUGCGUCUUUUUCCCCUGGAAAGUCGCAAAAUCGCAUCGGCUUGAUGUGUAUAGUCAGGCGCGUCAAAAUUCGCCUCAGAAUAUUUCGUACUUUCGCAUUUUUUAUUCGUGUCGGCCCCGGUAUGUAAGGACCUUUGAAUAUCUACAGAUGACACGUGAUGUAGCUUUGUUUACAUCCUUCCAAAUGACGCUUAACUACUUGAUUAAACUUUAAAAAGUCCUAAUUGUUGUUUUUAGAGCAAGUUUAGAAAAAGAUUCAUCACAUCUAAGUAAGAAAUAUAAAUAAAGGACCCUGACAUGUGGUUGUUCACUCUCUAUGAUGCAUCAAAAGUACAAGAACCCCCUAUUUGAAUAAUUCGCCCUCAUUAUUCAAGUAAUUCAUUCUGAAGAGGUUAAAACAGGAGUGGGCUGCUUUCAGAAAGCUACCCACCGAAUACUCUUCCACUCAUGUGGCACUCUCUACCAAGGUCUAGCUUGGAAAGUCCCCCUCAUAAUCUGUGAGAGCACACAGGCAGGUAGAAUCUGGAAGAUUUCCUCACAGCAACAAUUAUUUACCGUAAUCUGACAGGGGUUGAAAAUGCAACAGCAGGACAUGGAUUUGUGGAUAUAUCCUUAUAUAACAUCCGUCCACUACUCCUCAUCUGACACUCUGUUGACACAGGCUGAAUUUUUGCCUUGAUCAGAAAAAACAUCCCUCCUCCUCCUCUUCUGUUUUCUUUUUAGUUUAAAAGAAAAAGGACAACCAUCCGACCUGACCGUGUCUUUUAAAGCUGUGAGUGUGAGCUGAAAGGAGAACCAGUCUCCUCCUGUUGAAGCUGGUCACUUGAAGGUUAGAGGCAGCCUGUGAUGUUGACGUGUCAGCAGUUUGGUAUCUUGGGACAUUCAGUGUCUCCAUGUGGUAUUUGGUGAAUCCUGGCUGGUCAAUAGCAACGAGUCUCACAGUCAACACGGCUCACGGAUGUCAAUCUUUUGAAUAAAGACUUAAAAUAGCCGGUGUUUGACUAAGAAGAUCCCCUAUUACAUGAGCCUCUUUCUAGUGCAAAGUGUUGAUUUUUGGAGUGUCUUCCGGGAAGCACCACAGGAAAAGAUGUUAGCAGUGUUAACAUCUCAGCUGCAAAUGAAAGAGUGAAAUUAGCACCAUCUCUUGAUUUUUAAGCUGUAAACAAAAGCAGUAAUGGCUGACAUCAGGCAAGCAUUCAGAAAUCUUCCAUUUUUACUGUUAAAUUCUUGUCGACUCAUGGUGAAGAUUUAUCAGGAAAACCGGGGGUGUCAUCCUUUUGACAUGACGCAUACUUUUCCUGCCCACAUUUUCCUGAAUACAGUUCAACAAUCAAACCCAAGUAGCAAUUUGGGUGACUGUAUUGGCUGAUAAAUGUGUGUAUCUAUGAAAGCAGCAGAGCUGUGUGCAUGUUUACAUUCUACAGUUGUGCUUUCCAAGACAAGCUCUGUGUGCAUGGAGUCCAGUUCUUUGUGUGUUUAACCGAGGGUGUUGCGUUAAAGUGAUAACAUGCAGACUUUUGUUGUGGACUAAUCAUGGAAAAUGAGAAACUGGUGACAGCAUGGCGUGGUUCAAGUCAUAAGACCAACAUCUUACUUCCUGCCAUGUCAAUCUUCUCAUGCCACAGUUGUUAUAAUCAAACAACCCCAUGUUUAUCUGUGCAAGACAGCUUUUUGGUGCUUGCUUUUUUAGCAAUGGUCCACCUGAUACAAGCUACUGUGCUGCUAUGUUUCAGCUCAAACACUGACUGCAAACAUUUCACAGUCAUGUUGAUUUUCUGCAUUAGUCCGACUGGAACUGGACUUUUAAAACGCAUGCAAACUUGUUAGCCUGACUGAAAUUGCCCCAAAUCAAAACCUCGACAGAAAGAGGGAUGUAAUAAAGAUGAAACAGUUGUAUCUUAUGUACAAAAUGUACAAAGCUUAUGAAGUUGUCUGUGUUCUGAUUAUACAACAUACAACCUCUUACUAACCCAUAUGUUGAUUGUUUUUGCACAUGACGUAAUAGGUAAAGGGGGAAUGGCCGAAUUGUAAGGAGCCAGGGGUGGCACAUAACAAAGCAUAGCAGAGACAGUAUACUUUUGCAAACCAGUGGAUUCUGGCCUGGAGCUUGUAAACUGGGACAAGAUAGAAGUCCAGUUGAAUCAUCAGCUUUAACUGUAGCUUGACUUAAAGGGAUCGACUCGUCAGGGCUCCCCCAUAAACAAGCGGAUGCUGGAAGAGAGUAGGUGAGUUGUGUUUAGUCUCUUUGUUAAAGAAACCAGGCAAAGUUAAAAAGAUGUUUGGUGGCUAGUACUAUGUCUGUGACCCUAUAUGUCCUGUUGAUGAAGUUAGGUGCUGUUCUGAACAUUAUUUGUGGCUAUAGAGUGGCUUUUUGGUUGAGGUUUGCGUGUGGAGACGUAGACCGCUGUGUAUUGCUAUCGUGCGGUCGUUACUUAAGUUGAUGUAACUAGAGAAGCAAGUGGUCGGCAACAUUCGUCUCUCGAAGGGGUGUCUAAUUCUGUGUUACAGUGUGUUUGACCAUAACUUAAAUUUACAACGAAAUAUCCCUUUAACUGUGCGUAGAAACAUACUGAUUGUUUACCAUGUACUUGUUUAGGUUUUGGCCCAAAAACUACUUGGUUACUCACUUUUUUGGGUUGAGAUAAAUCAAACUGACCUUUGGUUGCACUUGGCAAAAUCUUGUGUUAUAUACUGCCCGUCCUAUCCUUCACUGGACUCAUUCAGAAACACAACACUCUGUGCAGCUUCAUUCGCAUGUACUCUAGCGCGGUAUGAAUCUAACAGGACAUGACAUUCUGUACUUUGUUUUCACAUCAGUUUGAAAUCACACACAUUUGUCCCUCAGAUUUGUGGCUGUCCCAGGUGUCGCCUUUUAAUGUACAGCUGUCCUUUCAGGGUAAUUGCUUUCUUUAAGGCGGGCUUUUAUUUGCAUGGCUAUAGGCGUAGGCUCAGAGAUGAAUGGAUGCAGUAAAGUCUUAAAGGGAAGAGGCACAAAAAACAGUGAGGAGGGAAGAAAAACAGGUGCUCAGCCGAACACAGACGGAGCAAAUGUAAAGAAGAAAAGCACUUCUUCAUUUUGUUAGAGUUCAGUGACUGGAGAGAGUGUUAAAAACUCCUUCACUUUACAGUUUCAUAUUUAUUAAGCUCUGAGGAGGAGCUCGGCUUUCACAGUGAUGGAGUGCAAAGGGGUCGUGUACUGCAGAGGGAGAUCCAGCAACUGAACUUCUGACCUGUUUAUUGUCUCUUAGAUUCAUAAGUCUUCAUCUAGUGUACUUCUGAAUCAGCAUGUUCUGGUCACAGUCUGAUAAGAAAGAAUUAGGUUUAUAUUUAGGUGUUAUUCCCGGAGAGGAUGGGCUUAUUCUGAGGUAGUGUGAGAGGUCAGGUGUGUUUGAAAUCUGCACCAACACUUGCAGGAAAAAGAGCAACAUGAAAGCGUUCAUUUAACAUAUUGUCCGACAUGUUUCUACAUCUACAUUUAGUAAAUGAAGGCAGAACAGCUUGUGUACCAGGGUGGUAUGAUAGAGUAUUUUUAUGGUGACUAUCAGUGAAGAGCAGAUUCCUGGAAAGGUGGGCGUUGGGUGAUUUCCCCUGCAGGGUCUGUCAGGCGGAAGCUACAAAAACUGCCAAAUUUUCACACCAUGGACAAAAAAUAGCAAACCGCCCACAUUACGGACAAAAAGAAAUUAAUUUGCAGCGCCGGUGCUGAAUGUUGAGCCUGUCGUACAUAUUGUUUUCCUGUAUAAUCAGGUUCCCUUCCAAGAGAUUGAUUGAAGAUCUCAGCUCUGUUUUUCCCAGCAGAUCAGGGAUUGUUGUUUGUGCUGAUUUUAUGAUUCAGAUGCUACAUUUGGUAUUUUCCAACCUCUCCUUUCUGCUCCAUCGCUGUGUCAGAGUUAACUCUCUCUGUCAUGUGUUGUUUCUGUAGGAGGUUCAGCUCUGAUGCUGUUUCAGGCCUGAGAACUGAACCUCCAUCUGCUGAGUGAGGCAGAAAGACUCCCCCUCUCUCUCUCUCUGUCUCUCUCUGUGAUGUAUCCUGUACUAAGAGCUGACAGACUUUCAGAAGCUGCUGCUGCAGAGAGAGCAUAUAGUCUAAUGGACAUUCGAUGUUACAUAACUCUAUGACCCGAUCAGUCAUGCUGGAUAAUACAAAUGUACCUCAGCUGGUUGAAAACAUUUACAGUGGAGACUUAUCAGCUUAACUUCAGAUCAACAAUUGCUCUGAAUCAAACAGACAGACAUCUCACCAUCGUAUUAAUUCAUAGUCUUUGGGUCUGAGGCCGUACAGUUGCAUCAUAAAACUCCCAUCACUCUGUCUUGUAUCGUCAUGGAGGCACUGUGAAGCAAAGACGUUCAACGAGUCACAUUAAUAGAAAAGAUGAGCAAGAACUUACAGAGACGUUACGAAAUGUAGGUCACUGUGACACAGCAACCUAAAUUAUUGUUAGUUCCUGUUGACGCUCGGUUCAGCUAAGGUCAGAGGACUGUUUGCAAGGUAAAUAGCAGACAAGGCUAAAUGAUGCUUAUAGUUGGAUCUAUAUACAUAUAUUAUUUUACCAUUUGUGCUGCUUUAUACUGCUAAUUCUUAAGAUUUCUGGAAGGAAAUAAUGUACCCCUUCAAUCCUCCUAGGUUUAAAUAAGAUUAUAUAGAUUAGGGAUCAGCUAAUGUUGGUUCUUCAGGGCUGAUACCAGACGUUAGUAGAUAAUGAGACGGGUAACAGAUGCAAAUACUCAAAUGAUGAAUAUUAGCCCCAAUUAUCCAGUCAAUGUGUUUAAAUUUGUUGAUUUAGAAGUUGCACAAUUAAGCUCCCCUGAAUUUUAGUGGGUUAUAGAAAAGACUGAAAUUGCAGCCUGUUAGAGAUCUGCAGAAACAGAUAAGACCAAUAACUUAGAGACUGACCGUUUUCUGUAGUAUCUUUAGUUACUUGUAACAUUGAUUAGAUCAAAACGCUGCCAGACUAUGCUGCGGUAUGAGAUGCCAUCCAUACUUGUUAACAUCCAGAGUGUUAAAGCAUUGUGGUAGAAGCCAUUAACCAGAGCCACACUCUGUGUACACCCAUAAUUUAGACAAAACAUACAAUCUGUAUUUCAGACCCUCAAAACUAGAAAUGUAAAUGAUUUGUGUAACUGACUUUAAACUCCAGAUCUGAACAACAGGGUGAUGAUAUUAAAUUGUUAAGUUCACCAAAGUGCAAGAUGACAUUUUACAUCUGAAACACUACAAAUAUAAGUACAAGUACACAACCUGAAGAGAAUGCUACCAGAUAGGGCUGGGCGAUAAACUGAAAUUUUACCAGUACUGAAAUUUACGACAAUAACCAACAUCAUUUUGCCCAUAUUGCUAUAUUCUGUGUCAAAAUGAAUGAAAGUUGGUUUUGGAUGUGUGUAGGUAGGCUAUGGUCUCAUGUCUCAAGACGCUGUCCUACAUCAGAGACGUGACUCCACCCCUUCCAGUCUGUAACAAAGAGGGAAAGACAGGUGAGGAGAUGGAGGACGGUUCAAAAGUUGUAGCGGCUGAAGUCGACGAAGUUAAUGUGGGAGGGGGUGAGCAGCUCGUGGAGUAGUUAUCGUCUAUUUAUUGUUAUCAAGGUGAACUGCUCAAUAUAUCGUGAUAUUGAUUUAAGGCCAUAUCGCCCAGCCCUACUAUCAGAUAUCAAAAUACCUCCAGUGUGGUCCGUAACACUAAAAGCUUUCAUCUUCUCGGCUGUUCUUUGGAGGAUUAAGCUCAGGUUGAUGCUGUACAAUGAUCCCCUGAAGCAAUCACAUUAGUUAAAGAAGUAAAGCCAAAAACUCUUAGAUACUGGAUCUAACAGAGAGGACAGAUGUAACAGGAACACUUUUCAGUCCUGUCUCUGCCCUUGACCUUCACAUUUCAUAACAAAUCAGGUUUUUUUUAAUACUUGUGUAAAUUGCAGCAGCUUUGUAAGCAAACAGAGAGCAUUUGAUCUCCUCUCAUGGUGUGUUUGUAGCUGCCGCACCUGCUUCUGUUUGUGAUGAUCUACUUUCAUUUAAGUGAGUCAUGUUUGCAGUUUUAAUACUGGAGUAAACAGCACCUACUUAUGAAGUUUAAACACUCAGGGCCUACUUCAGUCGCUCUUAAAUACAGAAUGUUUUUAGUUUUCCAGACCCUUUUGGAGAGAUUAAUCAAGUAUUUAUUAGAUCCUCUCGUUUAUCCUUGUCCAUGAAUAUUUGCUGUCUAAAUAUUUCUCUUUUCUGCUUUACACUACACUACAGCUGACCCCUGGGAGUGACACAGAUCGAUCUUAUCUUCCUGUAGUUAGUAUGCAAUACCUUGUGGUCCCAUCUCCUACAUAUUUCCUGUCUAACAGCGACUGAAGAAACUUGGUUUUACCUGUGAAUUUAACGCCCUUUCCUUGGUUUUCUAUCACUUCAUUUUCUCGUGGGUCGUCUGUUUUUAAGCUACAGCGGUCGGUUGGGUUAAAGUAUUGAAAGGGGAAGUUGGAGCUCAUCGCGUCCAGAUGUGGAAUGUGGUCCGAGUCUCACGGCCCGUCUGCUGCUUCUGCUGAUGGAGGCAGGAAUCCAGACCACAUUACCAUAACAGCCCGCAGAGCUCCUGGAGGGUUUAUUAGCCUGUAUCAAUAAGAGACUCAAAUGGAAAAAAAAUCUCUUUAUGAUUCAAACAAAGCUGCAGCGCCGUCCUCAAAGUGACGGGGGUCUUCUUUAUUGUGGGUCGCCAGCUGACCGGGGGGAUCGUACUUUUUUUAAUGGUGUUCCCAGCACUUUUGGCUCUAACGGGACAUUUCUGGUGGCUGUUGAACCAGAGCGGAUUGAAGUUGUGCUCAAAUUGAUGGUGACUGACUCAGCAUGUUUUUUUUAACUGUAGAAACAGUUAGUGAGAGACAACCCUCUGAAUUUUGAUCUGUUCAGCGAUAUGAAGCAGAGAUUUUACACCAGAAAGGAACAUUUAGAGUUGUGAGGAAUCUAGAGUUUGUCAGUGGCUGUUUCUUUACUGACUCAUCUGAUCUGCUAUACAGGUUGUUCAUUAUUUAUUAUGAACCAGGAGUGAAUGUUGAUGUGGAUUAGCUGCAAUGAGACCCCUGUAUUUUUGGUUGUAAACAAACCCUUCCCGCUGCAUCACCCAUUAUCUGGUAAAGUUGUGGGUUGAGCAGCUGCAAUGAAACUUUAAUCUAUUUAGGAAUGAUUUAGUUUUUGUUUUUGUUUCAAUUUUAUGCCUUUAUUCAGAGUACAGUGGUUAGAGAAGGAAAAGGGCAGAGUGGGGAAUAACAUGUGCCAAAAGGGUCACCGGUUGGAAAUCAAACCCAGCAGCAGAGCCUCUGUACAGCCUCUGGGGUGCACAUGACAUACCUGCUAGGCCAAACUGUCACCCCAAAAAGUUUCUCCAGCAUUAUUCGCUCUACUUGUUGUUAGCGGUGAGGCUAAGGUGGAUGGGUUUGUAGCAUGAGGUAGACUGAUUAUGAACUUCAGUCAAUUAUUGGGGCUGAUAUUUGGUAUUUGAGAGGUGGGUCCUUCAUUCUGGAUCUGUUUUCAUUGAACACUCUUGCUGCGUUCCAGUUGUACUCGGAAGUCGGGAUUGCCGAGCUUAGAGUCGGAAAUUCACCUGGAACACCCCCCUAAAGUUGGAUUUUGGACUCGGAAAGUUGGACGAUCCUCACUCGACUUGACGACAAUGUCAUAGUGAAAGAUGGCAGCACAGUGCAUCAACAGUAAAGAGUAACAGUGAAAGCUCUCGUAAUGUUUUAUUUAUUAGCACUUCUGUUUUGUUUUUGUGAAAUUAAAUAAGUGGUAUGUUGUACUGCCCAACGUCUAACUGUGAACACGGUGCUGUGGUGUUUGUAAGAGUAACAUACUGGGUUAUGCGUUGUUUACAACUGGUAUAGCUAACAACAACUAACAACAACUGACAACGGCUAACAGUAGGCGUCCAUCUUGGUUUACUGACUUGUUUAUUCGAAUGCCGUCAACUCGGGUGUAACAUCAUUCCUAGCUCAGACAUCCGACUUCUGAGGAAACUGGAAUGCAGCAAUCUAAUGUCCCGCCCACAGUGCUAUAUAAUUGGCUAGACGUCACGCAGUGAUGUCAUAGUUAGUGAUGGGAAUCGAGAACCGGUUCUUGUUGAGAAUCUGUUUCAAAUGGUUCAAUCCAUCGAUAUUGUUCACAUUUUAUAUUAAAGAUUCCCUUAAUGAUUCCUUUCUUCCGGAUGUCAGCCACUGCUGCUCUGUCUCAGCAACGGCAUGGAACAUACGUCCUGUGUUAACAUAAGCACAGUGCAUGCCAGACUUGGACUAACUGAGCGUGUCAAAAACUCUCGACCCGACCCAAAAACCCUCGAAAUUUAUAAUAAUAGAAUAAUUAAGUUUUGGGGGAUUUAGAGUAUGGUCACCCUAAUUUGACUUAAUACCAACUGAAGUAAACGCUGUACAAAUAGUUUGUCAUUUGAUUAUUUUUAGAAUACUGUAAUCAGAGACUAAAUACAAUUUUGAUUUAACAGUGAAAACCUGUAGUCUACUUUUUUUAAUCCAAGAAAGGCAUUGAUAAGGGAAUCGUUAAAGAACUGAAUCAAUAAGCAGAGUCGAUAAAGGCAUCGAUAUCAAUAAAAUCUUAUCAAUUCCCAUCCCUGGUCAUAGUGUAACUCUCGUAUACUACAUUAAAUGUUUCAGUCUUGAUUAAACAUUUGCUCAAGGCACUAAAUUUGUGUUUGAGUUUGUCAUUCUCUAAAAACUCCAAGUUACAACAGAGAAAUGAUCAGAUAAUCUAUCAUGUGAUUCCCUCCCAUAGAAGAGCUCAGGGGAUGAAUCCUUCCCACUUUGGUGACCUGCUGACUUUCCACAGAGCUUGGAGCACGAGUAUUUGUCACAGUUGCUUCAUGCUGUGUGUGUGUCAGUGUGUUUUCUGAAGUUAUUGCUCUUCAAGCUCUCUCUGCCCUUAUAGAUUAUUUUAUGCCUCGCAACCCCGUUUGACUCCUCCGGUAGGAUAAAGGAAAUAUCUCAAAGCCAUUCGACUUUAAGAACUGUAUGUUUGAUGAAUUAAGUGCACUGCUAAGUCCCACAGCUGACACAGAUCCUGCGCCCUUGGCACCAGUUUUAUUUUAUGGAGUCUCUUCAGUCUGGCUCUGAUACCACCCGAGCACACAGAGCUCCGCAGAGACCCAGAACAUGCAGGAUAAAAUAGGUUGAUAGCCUACUUGUCUUGUAAUUUCAGGCCUGUCGCCUUGGAGGGAGGUUUCUGGGGAUUGAUUUGUUCCAUGGAAGACUUUGUAACCCGAAUCCUGGAGUAAGACCCACGGCUCCUGGAAGAGAAACUAUCUUUUUCCUGAGUGGAUCAGGGAGGCGGGUAGAUGAGGAGAUGGUGUCAUGCUGGGACGGGUGGAGUGUUGUGAUUUCCUGUUUUUGCAAGAUGGGGAAGCAGAUAUGUUUGGUGUUAUGCUCUGCAGCUCUGGAAUGAGGCUGUUUACAAAAAAACGGCUCCAAGAAAAAUCCGAAAACAGACAGAACAUUCGGUUAUGAGGAUUGUUGUCGUUCUUGGAUUUACAGAAGCUUUUUUAAAGGUAUUUAUAACAAAAACAUUUUUAAAAUAUCAGCACAGCGGCCUCCGUGAACCGAACAGGCGUCCGUGUGGGUCGGUGCUUUGGGAAACUGGGUCCUCCUCAGAAACAGACUGUGCGCUCUGCCUGAGUACGUGGGCUUCAAAAUGUAGGCUGCUGUGUUGCAGUUUCUGUAUUUAGGCCUCAUGUCCGUUAACUUACCUUUACAUUUUUGUUGUUGUCAGGACUUUAGAGGAGUCACAUGACCAACAAGCGCAGGUGCAUCACAUUAAUAAGCGGGGAAGUUUUUUGCAUCGACUCCACAAACAAAACGAGAAUCUCAGCGUUUCAUCAGUUCUUAAUCAGCAGAUUCUUCCUCCAACAGUUUUCAAAAGUUAACAGGACAGUGUUUGUAUUAUAAAAAUCUGCUUAUUUUAAAUAUGACUCCAGCAACACAAAUAGAAAAAGCUGUUUAUCAUAGUAUCACAUCAUCUGCUUUUAUAACAAUGCUCUGUGCAACUUUGGGAGCCGAGAAGACCAGUUUAUGGAGUUUUUAAGGUGAGAUGUUGCCCCAUUUUUCUCUGGUAUAAGAUUUCAGCCCGACCGACAGUUCUGCAGAGACAAACUCUGAGUCUACGCGGUGAGUCCCACUGCAGAGUCAUAUUUGUUUUUAGAGGCCUGAAAAUCACAGCCAUCCAGCAUUGGCUUUUUGAAAAGAGAUUUGCCCAGGGCAGGGCGAUAAACCGAUAAAAAAAUUGUGUAACUGACCUUAAACUCCAGAUCUGAGCAGCAGGGUGAUGAUAUAAUUAAUUGCAUGUUAGCUUAUGAGCUAAAGUUACUUAGCACAGAUGAAAGUUAAAACAAAAACGUUUAGCAAACUGUUAAAGCACACAAACCAUCAUCAUAUGAGAAAUCCGACACUAUGACUCUCCACAAGUUGUCCUUCAGGUCGUUAUUUUUGUAAUGUUUGUGUUUUUUAUCAAAAAUCACUCUGUUCCCCGACACGUAAACAAUCAGCCGGUCGGCCAUGUUGGAUAUACCGGUGAAUCUGACGUUGUAACAACACGAAAUCUGAUUGGUCAGAAGUGGACACACAGUAUGCAAAACUUUAGAAAAAUCGGCCGUGAUACGAAAAAUAUAAAUGCCGCAAUAUCGCAGGACGAGAAAACGUUGCUGAUGUGAACGCUUGUAUUGACAGGAUACGGGUUCGAAAAAAAAUAUUGAUGUCCGAAAUAAUCGCACGAUAAAAACGGUCCCGGUGUGAAAGGAUCUUUACUCUCUGGAGCAAAAUUCGUUUUACUAACCUGUCAAAAAUUAACCUGAGAUAUUGGGAAAUGAUUCGCAGACGAUCAAAAUCUGAUUUAAUCAACAUUUUACACAGCCUCCCUUCUCUUAAAGAUACUGUGCCUCAUGGUAGAAAUAGAAAGUAGAGGCGAGGAGGCAGACUUGUCAGACAUCCUACACAAAUAGCACCCUAAAUUACAAUCUCUGCCGGGGCCACAGUAUGAUAAUAGCAGUCAGAGCUGUACGUUUUGCCGAAGAAUGAGUGUGUUUGGAAUGUGGACCCCACCUUGGCCACAGGGAGUUGGCUGCAGAAUCAGGAGGAGUAAAAGUGAUACUAUUGUUGAAGCAUCGCCGUGAAACUCGAGUCUUCACCUAACAGGUGUUUAAGGCUGCACUUGCGUAAGAGAAAUGCACCGAAACAUCUGAACCCCAAAUGUCAAAGAGAAGACAGGACGGAGUCAGAGCUCAGGAGUUUACAUGCAGCUUUAUCAUCCUGUGAUUCAAUUCUCUGCUCUGGAGUAAAUACUUUGUCUGGAUUAGAGAAGUUAAUCCUCUGUCAAAUAGAUUUUUAUGCAAAUACAGAAACACAAAACCAUGACGACUAGUGGGAGUUUUAAAAGAUCUUGUUAGUCCGGAUUAGUUAAUGACAGCAGCAGCUAAGAUUUCCCACGUCUGCUUAUGUGGCACGUUUCCAUUGUUGUCUACGUAUGCGAGAAGUACAGUUUGUUGUUCCUGUGCAGCUAUAAAAAGCAGCAGCAUUCCUCCGCGCUCCGAGCUCCAGGCUCCACCUGCUUGUUAUUUGUGAUUCUCAGUGUCGUACUACAAUGCGUGCGUCUGCUGAUGUUUUCACUGGCAUUCUUCUAGGGUGUUACCGCGUAUUUCAGCGCUGAGCUUGAGGUCAGCGGCAGGAUCGUGUUGAUGAUGAAGAUUACAUAACAGCCUGUGAGAUGAAUUAUAUGGCUCGUGUGUUUUUUCCCCUGCAGCCUUCGAUGAUGCCAGGGUUUUCUACCGGAGCAGGAAACUUUCCCCAAACAGGACCUGGGAAUGAGGUCACCGGGUGUAGAUGACUGUUUGGUUAUUUGCCUUCAGUUAAAGAUCGGUCUUGUUUCUGUCAUCAGCUCUGAGUGGAUUGCUUUCUUAGACAACAUUAUAAUCAAAUAUGAAGCGUGCGGAGACCUUCGUAUGGUCACAUCAGUUGUUGUGCUGUAAUAGAAACAACGCAGUAUAGUCUGAGUUGGUCUAUGAGACAACAGUCAACUCAGAUAUCAAGUGUUGAAGUGAAUCUGUUGUUGCUGAUUUGAUUUAUAGUACAGAUACACAAUAUUGGAUUUUUGCAGAUGCCUGAUAUGAGUUCAUAUGUAUCUCAUUUAUCUCAUAUUGCCCAGAUGUCAUUACCUUGACUGUUAAAGGUAGGGUUGGUAAUCACUACAAACUAGCUGCUCAAAAACAACGUCCCCACUCACAUACACGAGCGCUGCUUUCUGCUGUUUCAAAACCACAAACUCAAAACUUUGGGACUUUAGAUUGGGAAGUCUUUGCACAGCAAGGAUAAGGAAGGUAACGUCAGCAUCAGGAUGACCACAUUACUAGCAACAUGGCCAAAUACUUGAUCAAGAUUAAAAAUCACCCUGAAAUAAACCCUCAGUGAACCUUUCCAACAGAAAAUGAGCGACCAUGACGUCACGUGUAAAGCUCUUGACCUCUUUCAGUUCUCUCCAUCGCUGAAAAGCUGUCCCGAUGUUGAGUUUUGCUUUCGCCGUCGCUUUCUCCAAACUCUGUCUUACUUCGGCCUUCUCUACCUCUGUCUUUAUUAUCUUGCUCUUUUUGCACGAGGAGCGGUCACCAUUAAUCUGGGUAUACGUAGUUUCUAGGACCCGACCGAUAUGGAUUUUUUGGGGCCACUGCCGAUACAGAUUAUUAGGGGGGGGAUAUCCGAUUACCGAUUAAUCGGACGAUUUUUAAAUUUUUUUAUGAGGUUAUAAAAAAUAAUUAGUGGAUGAAGAUUGUCAUAAGGUCGCUGCGCCAUCUACAGGAUAAGUCAGGUAACUUUUCAAAUGGUGGAACAUUUUCGUAGUGAAACGGAAUCUUAUUCUCUGCAUAUUAUUUCUGAAAAUAUUGGCGAAAAUCUGUGAGUUUUUACCGAUUACCGAUUAGUCUCAAACAAGCUAAAAUUCGCGGAUUUAAUUGGCUUGCUGAUAAAUUGGUCGGGCCCUAGUAGUUUCUCUGCCAUUCUCCAGCGUAGCUAUAUCCCUCUUAAAAAUGUGGGACCCACACAGUGUGAUUGGUUGGUGUUUUCCCAGUUUUACUCCUGCUGUAGAUAGCGGCUAUGUUUCGCUCUUUUUUUAAGAACACAUCACUUGUUGAUUGUCAUCGGAACAUAAAGAUCAUUUUAAUCAGAAUAACAUCUAAAUCAGAUUACCAAUCCUACCUCUAACUGUAAGUCUUUGAGUUUACCCUGACUGUCUGAAUGCUGUUCCUGUGAGCUUCUACUCUCUGACAACCAGUUGCUGCGAACAUCAAACCUGACACCUGCAGAGCCUUUAUUCUGAAGUGUUUGUAGUCUGGGACUCUUUCUGCGUUGUCACUCAGUAAAUGAGGUUCGUCAGGUCUCAAAGCUGUACAGUAAUACUCUGAGGCUCUCCUUCCUCAGAUCAGACAGAAGUGUGUUUGCUGUUGUCUCUCAUGUCUGCUCUUUGAUGUGUAAACCUCGAUUCUCACAACUGACUUUCCACAGCGUGACAUUUAGAUUUUUCUUGUUGACUCAGCAGACCCGGGGAUUUGAGCUGUUUGUGAAAAAACAUUUAGGUUUCUUGAACUCUAGUUUCCUCUGACAUCCUGUUUAAUAUUUGUGCGUUUAGACUUUUCGAAAACCUCAGUCCUCCGCCAAAUCAAAUAAUUAUGAAGUUAGCUGCACUGUGUUGCGUUUUAUUCUGCUUAUUAUUAAUAUUUAAAUGUUUUUGACAAUGUCUUUUGCUUAACAAAAAAGGAUUGAUCACUCAUAUUUAAUACCAAUUUAAACUUAAUGUAAUUGGGGCUUAAAAAUGAUACUAUCAUAUUCAGCAAAGUCUUGAUUUUUGUUAUGGCGAGGAUGUUGGUAAGUCAGAGCUCCUAAGAGAGCUGUGCACCACCAUAAAUUGUAUAUAUGGCCUUGAAUAAGUGAAAUUUGUGACUACCUGUGUCGAAAGCGUCUUAGGUUUGAAAUAUAACUUCCACUUUCUGGAUGCUUUUCAAAAUAAAAGCCUGAUCUAUUCCUUUUUUAUGUUGUUUUUUAAUCACUGCCCUGAUUCUUGCACAGUGUUUUCAUUUUGAAUGCAUUUCCAGGACAGAAGUAACUUAAAAAGCUCUCAGUCUUACUUUGAAUCUCACCGUUUUCCUCUAGGCCUCUCUUGUACCCACAUGUACGAAGGAAACGUUUCUGUCACAUGGUGAAUUAAGUUUUCUGACUCCAAAAAAACAGAAUUACAAUCAAGACAGAGAGCAGGAUUAGUGCCAUUGACACCGCUUUGCACGUACUUAGUUUUUUUUUAUGGUUAUUUCUAAUGUCUGAAACUGCUGGUGGGAGUAGGUGUCUGCCAAAGUGAUAAACUACACCCAGAUAAAGAUGCAAAUACAUCUUAGUGAGAUGUUUAACAUUUAUAUACGAUUACUUCACUUACCCUGUGGAACAAGUUUGUUCUUUUGUAUUUUGUGACUCUAUUCACUUCAUUUACACUUAUAGAAAGAAUCUCUUUAUAAAAAUAAGUACAACUUAAUUUAGCAUGUGUUUCUCAGCCCCAAUAAAGAAAGGCUCUGUGGUGGAGGCGCGAUAAUGCAAAUAGCCCAGCAGCACAGGAAGUGAAAAAAUAAAAGCAGGUCUCGGUUUCAGUCCCCUCCCUGUGCCGGUGACUUCCCUUUGCCAGCAAACAGUGUCAAAAACAUGCUAACCAGGGUUUUUUUCUUUUUUCUCAGUCAUAUCAUGUUUUUAAACCGGACACAGCGCCCCAGAUGAGAGUUUCCCAUGAGUCACGGUGUGGUGAACUCGUUGGUGUAUUUUUGCACCCACUGGUACACAGCAUUUCUAAGAACUGCAGCUCUGUUCCUGCUCAGUGAAAGAAUUUACAGUUAGGUCAGAGUCUGCUGUGUAUGUGGGCUGCUUACUGUUAAAGCAGCAUUGUUUUACCUCUUUGUUCCUGCUCACUGGGCAGAAAUCAAGAGGCCUGUCCAAGGUGUUAUGGGAUGUCUGGCCACACAAAGACAGACCUUAUAGUAAUAGGCAUGCUCUCACAAACACAUACAUAACUAUUGAGUCAUUUCAAUCAUUUAAUGACCCCAUUCUGUGCUGAACAAUACACACUUGUGUUUGUUGGGAGGGACCUUUCAAGUGCAUUUUUGAGUCAUUUAAAAUUUAAUAACUCCUGGAAGUAAAUUCAGUCAGUUUUAAGUAGUGGUGCAACAGAUCACAACACUCACGGAUCGGAUCGUUCCUCGGAUCAAGAGUCACGGAUCGGAUCAUUUUUCGGAUCAGCAAAAAGCAGUUUUGUCUGUAUAUUAAACACUUAAAUGGUUGAAUUAAAAUAUAUAAAAGUAGUGCAUACGGCAUAAUAUCUUCUUGUCAACAUAAUUAUUAAUGAAAAACAACUCAAAGUGCAAUAUAUAGGCAUAUCUCCUUCCUUUAAAAUGUAAUAAUGAACCAAAAAUGAAGUAUGUGCGCGGUGGGAUAUUGUAACGUGGCUCAAGCACUUUCAGCAUGUUUUUAAAGCCCUCGUUUGCACAACUGAAUACGGCCUCAUGUCUGUAGCUAUAAACACACCGAUAGCGUUUGUGAUAGCUUUAACCCGUCGGAUUGCGCAGGAAGAGGCUGCUUAAAUGCUGCGGUGAUGAGCGGUUGCUGGCCAGCUUUCGUUUUAUCUCAGGUGUUGUGACAUAGAAUGCACCCCUGCCGUAUAAUGCACCCCCUGACGGGAGCGCGGUUUAAAGUACAUAACGAGGCGAAAUAAUCCAAGUUUUUCUUACAUUGGAUGGAUUCAAAAGCGUUUGCCUGUAAUAAUUUCAUUCAGGCUAUUCAAAGAAGCCAAAAACAACAGCCCUUGGAAUACUGCUGUCCCGAAAAUAUAAUGCUCUCUACCUGGACAGCUUUCUGUACAGUUUAUACCCAAGUACACCUCUAUAUUUGCAUUUUUGAGACACAUAAAAAGAAAAUGAAAGUUUGCUGCUCCAUUUGACAUGCUGUCAUGAUCUAAUACUCGUGUUUCUUUAAAUAUGAGAUCAUUAUCUCCACUUUAAGAAGCUAACGAGUGGAGGGGAUGCAGGGGUGCGUUCUACGGCAGGGGUGCAGUCUACGGCACAACACCUGUCAUUAAAACACCCGGGUGAUGUCGCUUUCAAAUGCGUGAACAUGCUCGAUGUGUUUCCACUGUCAUAUGGCUUUCUUAUGCCUACACACCUUCGCAGUUUUGUCCACUGACCUCUUUCCUUCCUCAUCAUAGUUGACAGGGAAGCCAAAUUUUUUUUUUCAGAAAUCGAACCGCGGGUAACGUGUGUGCCAAACCGAUGACGUCGAUCCGAACGGAUCACGGAUCAAUGAUGAUCCGUUGCACCACUAGUUUUAAGUAUGAAAAACUUUUGAGGAAAGGAAUCAAUAUUGUCUAUACUUUAAAGGUGGGGUAGGCAGGAAUCCGUUGAAGAAGCAUCUUUUUUUUGUGGUGUUUAUACAAAAAAGCUUUUAAUAUCAGUCAAUUAGUUAUUAGUCAUUGAUGACAUUUGGUAAUAUCACGAUAUCGCUGUGUUUUGUUAUGUCUGUGUAGUCAACAUUUUAAAAUUUUGGAGCACUACCCUCUUUCUGACUGUAAACAAAGCCGUUCCCCUCCUCCCCAUCCUGAUUGGUUGUGAGGCAGACGCUGCUCCCCCGUGUCGUUCAGGAGCCCAAACAAAGUUAGCGUGCUACAAUAUCGGACAGUAGAAACCAACCAGAAAGUUCGGAAAAUUGUCUGAAUCCUCCUUUGGCCACGACUGCCAACACAAGCAAGAAAAUGAAGUAAAUACCGGAGACUCUGGAGGAAUAAUGGGCGCUGAAAAAGGAGGUAGACCGGACAAGAGCUAAAAAAGCUGGGUCAACAAUGAUGGGGAACGCUUUGGGGUCUUCUGGACCCUGUAACCUUUCUGCUGGACAGGUAAACCGCUUUAACAAAGUAAGCCAAGUGUCUGUAGCAGAAGUGUUUCUUGUCAAACUGGACCUGCUGUAGCGUGUUGUAGCGCCGCUAAACUGUCCUCCCUCGGGUCCUGGACUAUGUCACUUUAUCCCAGUUGUAGAAGUCCUGCAAACAUUGUGUUUGCUGGUAGUCUGUUGGCAUCUACAUUAGCACCAAUGCUUUUUACUUUCACCUUGACUGGGCCCCAUUUGUAAUGAUCUGAAGUAUUUAUCUGCAUUAUAUCUGAAUUUAACUGGAACGAUACGAGCGAGAAAGAGCGUCUGUUUGUGGGCGGGGCUUAAUGGAGCAGAGAGGGAGGGGAGAGGAGGAGCUGAGGGGAAAACAGUUGGGAGGGGUAGAGUUUACAUUCAAGAUUUCUCCCAAAAACUGACACUUCCUCAGAUCCUGACUACCCCACCUUUAAUGGCUUAGUCUUAAUGGAAAAACUCUUGAAAUAAAGUUAAAUUUCUUUAUAUCCAGUGUCAAAAUACAGAGAAAAAUACUACCAUUGAAUAAGUCACAAAACAAGCUCUUUAAAUAUAAUUAUGUCUGACUUAAAUCAUUCUGUAUUGCCAUUUAAUGCUUCCUGUGAUAAAUCUUCUGUGUUAUUUGUUGUGUGUUGCAGGUGGUACAGGCUCAACUCUAAAACAGGAAAGAAAGAGAAGGAACGAGGAGACAUUCAGGUGACGGUCCAGUUCACCCGAAAUAACCUGACCGCCAGCAUGUACGACCUCGUCAUGAAGGACAAGAGCGCCUCCACUUUCGGCAAGCUGAAGGAGCGCAUGAGAGGGAAGAGGAGAUCCAGCGACGAGGACUCCUCCUCGGCCGUUCUGCCCAGCGGCUACGGGUCUCUGUACAGGAUGAGAACUCGACUACCGAGCGAUGGAGGCGGGGAGGAGGAUUACGAGGACGACGAAGGGGGCGAGGUUCGGAGGAGCAAGAUGAGGACCUUCUUCUUAAGAGGGAAGCUGAGGAAGUCAUCAGACACUCGGUCCAGCACAUCUCUAGGGUCGGAGAGCAGCGAGUCCUCAUCACGAGGAGGGAGUCUCAGCCCGACAGCCGGGAUCAGCGUGGUGGUCUCUGAUCUCUCCAACUCUCCUAGUAACAGCAGCAACCUGACUGUUGACAACAGCCCAGGUGAGAAGGACCAGAAGAGAGAGCAUGUUAUUAUUAUUUACUUUUUAACUGCUGGAGGAUCAAAAUGACUGAUUCUUUGAUUUAGUAGUUAGGGCCUGUGUCCACUGAUGCUAUUUUUUGCAUUGGAAGGGCCUACAACCUUGAUGCUCUUACUGUUGCUAGGUAACAAAGUUUGGUCAUGGCACUCCUGCCUCCCUGAUUGUUUGAGUUUGCUUUAAAUUGUUCUGAAUCCUUAUAGGUGCUGCCGAUGCUGUGAGUGGACACAGGCCCUUAAAACGAUACAGUGUCAUUCUAAAGUUUUGUAGUAACAAAAAAACACUGAGGCGAAUAAAAGAAUGGAUUGAUCCACAGUUAUGUCUUUGACUCAAAGCUGCCAUGUGUCUCUCUUUUAUUUCCAUUUCUUUCCUCCUUUUUUGCAGACCACACGGCGGACACGUCGCCCAAGUUGUCCCCUCUCAAAUCUGAGUACGGUGAUGAGGCCGGUGAGAUCACCAUCCCAGUGCCUCAGCCCACUGUGUGCGUUAACGGAAGCCAUUCAUACAGCGUCCAGCCCCUGGACCCAGGCUCAGGAAAACCCGUAGAUUCUUUUGGCCUGGGACUGUUGCCGAAGUCUUUGCCUCUGUCUAUGUCUCUGCAGAACCUAAGCCCUCACACAUCAACCCUCCCCAAAAGCCCUGCAGGAGACGGGCGCCGGUGGUCUUUCGACAAGCCAGACGAGGAGGAGAAGGCGGCCAUAGCAGCAGCGCUGGAGAAAAGCGGCCCCAUGCUGGCUGACGAAGAGGAGCGGUUGGGACAGGCUGCUCCGCACAAAGAAGCCACAUCCUCCUCCUCCUCCUCCACGGCGGAGUUGGAGAGCCAGGGGAAAAAGCAGAGGAGGAACUUGUUCUCCCACGGGAGGAGUGAGUCUGCAGGGAAGGGGCAGAGUCAGUCCAAGGAUGAGUCUGAACAGGCCCCCGCUGCCUCUGAGGAGAAACACAGGGGAUGGUUUGGAUCCAAGGACUCGCACAGCAAACCCAGGUGAGACGCACACAGAGAUGUCACACUCUGACAGGUUCAUUUGUUACAACAUCAAGCAGGUGAUGAAUUAACAUUUCAGUAUGAAUAUGGAUGAAGCGUAGAGGUCAGGAGCCUGCUGAGAGUCUGUACCUCGAGAAGUCCCUGCACCUAAAACAAUAGAAAAAGGAAAAAUGGGUAUAUAUAAAAUGGAUAUAACACAAUGUAACAUGAUUAAUACAUGUGUGCAUACCCUAGCCUGUGCACAGAGGUCAUAGUUUUGUGCAACAUGCAUGCACAAGAAAAUAACAUUUAUGCACAAGAUAAUAGCCGAGGUUGCUUUCUUAGAAGAUGAGCACAAGAUAAUGACUUGUGGUCGAAGAGGAGAACCUCCAGCAGCUUGUGCAUGUACAGAAAAUGAACAGCAACAAGAUAAGAGGUGUUACUUUGACGACAAGGGGUGCCAAAACCAAACCCAAACAGAAAGUCCAGGAGGACUCCUUGUAAAUGAGUCGUUUAUUCAGCAGUCAGUGAAUUAGCAGCAUUAGCAUCGAUACCAGGUCUGUUCUAAGUUCAAGUAAAGAGUUUGAGUAAACACUUCAAAUGCACCCAAACACAGGAGAGUUACAUUUCUGCCUGUACCCAGAGAGGCAGCAUUGUGUUGAAUAUUUAUCAGUGUGUUGUUUGCUUUUUUCACUUCCUGUGUAGCAGCUCUGUACACAUCCCUCCACAGCUCCUGGUCUCAGUCUCUGGUUACAGCAGGAUCUGCAAUGCAGAUGGAGGGAGCUGCUCCUCAAUUAUGAAGCUGAAGCCUCCCGCAAACAUAAUGUGGUUCGGUUAUUCUGUCGAUUUAAUUGGAAAGAUAAUGAUGAGAGCAGGAGCAAUUUUUGUUCUCUUACAGGUUCUGUUUAUUGGUUUGUGUGUGUGAGUGUGUGUGUGGGUGGGCAGGGAAAACAGGAGAGAAAAACCCUGUCUAUUUUUAUUUCCAUUUCUUACACGAACAUAUUCUCAUGUGGGUAAAUAAUUUGGAGGGUCUCACCUGAUUCACUGCAGUUUUUCAUACGCUGCUCACUGAUGCAUUUCUCUUUCAGCUGUUCUGGGUUGUUAAUACAAAAUGAAUCUCUGCAGGUUUAAAAAAAAAAAAAAUACAAUGUAUACGACUUUUUUUUUUAGUCAAUUUAAUCGACCGAGAUUUAAAAGGAAAGGACUGUAUCGUCAUAUUUCUAUACAAUGUGGGUAAACAAAAUAACAGUCUGAUAAGCACUGUCUGACUGAAGCAAGGUCAGCUAUUCCAGGCCGUAGUACACUCAAUACCUUCCCGCCAGCCCUGAACUAUACAUUUUCACAACCUACACAUCCACAUGUGUUUGGAUCCUUGUGGAAAAGAGCCAAGUUGGCACCAGUAGAACCAAGUAAUCACUACGGCCUGCUGCAUCAACUUAUCUAGCAUAAAACACCCUCAAGCCAAAGAAACCACACUAGACGAAGGAUGUUUUGAUGGUGUAUUUAUGCCAGACUUUAGAGAUAUGAAAAUGUCAGACCACUUAACGAUCAAUAUAUAGCUCCUGGAGUGGUUCCUACAAAAAAAAAUUCUAUUUCUAGAUUUUAUCAGACUUGUUAAAUUUAGUUCCUAGUGGGGAAAUGCUGUUUAUUUACUGUUCAUCUCAACUUUGAUCUGCAGGAGGCAGCAUUAUGCACUGCUGUUUGCCUAAUAAGUGGUCCAAAAUUUCUGCGUUUCACACCUUUUCAAGCUCUUUCUCAGGAUAAUAAAGAUGAAAUGACUGCCUCUAAUUCGAAAAGAAGCUGCCAAAAGUGAUGACUAUGCAAAGUUUUAUCACCUUACUGCACUUGCUACAGUUGCUCUGUGUUUUGCUUUUUCUGCAAGCAAUUAUACUGUUUCAUUGUCCUGCUAAGCCGACAGUUUUUCAGCAAAACGAACCCCCCCAAAAGCCCCCACUUUACUUUAUUAUAAGGCCCCAACAUGCAGACUUAUAAAACCAGGGAUUCACUGUCAAAACAGUUGGAGUAUCAAGCAGCGUAGAAGACUGAUAUUUUAAUCUAGAACAACUUUAAAUAAGCUUAAGGAAAAUAAAUGAAAAGACAAAGAAAAACAUACGAAUGCGUAUUUAACUACUCAAUUAAUGGUCGUGUACACUAGAAACUGUUUGGGGCCAUUUUAAUUAUUAAAAGUGAAACAAUUUCAAUUCAAUCUUGUUGCACUGACCCCAAGUGGCCAAAUAUUUCAGUUUCUGCCUAUUUUAAUGUCUUUUCCAACAGCAGCAACAAGGAACUUUUCGAGAUCUACCCUCUGAAAAACUCCUUUGCUGCUGCUAUUAUGAUUUGCGAUAACUUUCUAAACAAUCAAACCUUUAAAAAUAUCUGAUAUAAGCGACACUUCAGAAUAAGAGAAUAAAAGGCUUACAAUUUAAAAAACAACAAUAAUCUUACAGUAUAUCAAUAAUAAGUGUGGUUACUGAUGGAAAAUCUGCUGCAAGUCUCUUACUAUAACUGGGUGAACGAUCUUCUCUAAUCAAGAGGACUGUGUGCCCUUCCUUUCACAGCCUGGUGGUGUCACCUAAACUAGAGCCCAGCACUGACCUCCACCCACCACCCCUCCCCACUUGUCACCACCCCUCGGGUCCCCCUGUCGAUCCUACCUCUGUGGUUUCUCCACUGCAUCACACUAACCCCUUCUGCCACUCACAGUCCACGUCACCCCCCAUGUCCCCUUGCAACCCUUUCCUUUCUCGUGUGCAGCACAACCCUUUUUAUGAAGACGUGCUCACUGCUAAGCCCUUACAAUCCUCGCUGCCUCCUCUGCCCUAUCUUUCCAGUUCCAGGCCCCCCAUAAGUCAACUUUUUCCUCAAGCAACUAACCAACACAACACCCCAACCACAGAGGGCUCCAUCGUUGGCACAGACCCAAAGACGAAAGUGAUGGCAAAAGUUGAGAAACGACCUCUUCCUCCUAUACCAACAGAAGAGGAGCGGCCUUUUAACAAGAAGUCAGCCAACCCUUUUACAACUGCAGGAGAGCUGGAUUCAGAGUGGGACGAAUCCUUUGAAGCGUUUGCAGCUGGCAGGCUGCAGUCUCCCGAGGAUCUAACCGCAGAUUGCAAAACACAGCAAAACACUCUCAGUGACCAUCCACUAGAACGCUGCAUUAAUAAAGGAGCACUGCUUCUUCCCAUAAGCGAUGCUGAUCAAGACACAAAUGUGAAUGAAGCGCUGCAUCAUCAGCCUUGCACAGAAUAUGUAUAUGAAGCACAUAAGGCCGUCAGCCAGGUGGCCAACACUAACACACAUCACUUUGACACGUUUGCACAAUUCCUUGAGACAAUUCCAGAGCACUCGAGCUUUGAGAGUGAACACUUAACUUUAAAUUCUCCUACCAGCUCACCAAAUCUUGCUUCUUGCACUGAAACUGAUUACACUAACAGCACUACUAACACAACUGAUCUAAUGGACGCUAAUAUGCAUCAAACCCUGUCUCAAAGCUCAUCAGUAAAAGUCAACAGCAGCUCCCCAGAUCUCGGCUCCUCAGGUCUCGGCAGUCUGGCAGAAGAGGAUUUCCUUUCCUGCCUCUCUUCUUAUUCGGACAAGUUUUCUUCCUCAGAAGAAGCCGAGGCACAGAACUCUGAGAGCAAUCUCUCAAACUUGGAGCAAUCUCCUCAGACAGGUGUGGUAAAACAUUUGAAGCCCUCAGAGUCUGAAGAUGACUUGACCGACAGGUCUUUGGUUGAGUCAUCCCAGAAUACCAUAAUUCAGGACACAGAUGGUAAUGAAGAGAAAGAUGUGACUAAUGUGGACGGCUCAUUGGAAUCACAAUCCCCAGUACAGCAACAGCCUGGGAUUCCUCCAGGAGAGAUAAAAACUACCCAUAAAGAUUCUGGAGUACCAAACUCCAACAUCUCCUUACUGUCUGGAAGUAGUGAUACAAAAAUAGAUAUGAAUGUUUUGGAUAGGCCAUGGGGAACUCAGUCCCCAGUGCUUGUGGAUCAAGAGAACGUAACCACUGCAAGAGAGAAGGGAGAUGAAGACCAAGCUGCUGAGACACCAAAAGUCUCAAAGCAAAUGCCGAAAUCCGACAUCUCUUUACCAUUUGGCUGCAGUUUGGAGGAACCACACUUCCCAGUGUGCACAAUCGCUGCAAAAGAGUUCGGAGCUGAUCAUGAAGAAACUUGCCCACAAAAGCUCUUGGAACAAACCACAAAACUGGACAGUGAAAAUGGAGAGACUGUGGAAGACUUACCAGAAAUUUUAGAUGAUUCAGUUGUAUUUCUGAGUAAACCUAUUAAUGCAACAACCCCCAAGUCUCCAGAUCAAGAACCUCACCCAACACCACCAUCAUUACACAUCAUAUUCUCCACUCCUGAUUCGAAUUCUUCAGACCUGCCUGUUGAAAGUGUUUCCUUAGGAGGACUGGGCACUGGCCAGCAAUCUCCCAUACCCUUUGGGUUGUUCGAUGAUUUCUUGGACACCAGUGCCAUUACAUCUGGUGCGAGCCAAGGCCUUGACGGCACACUCUCACACACGCCGCUAUCGGAUAAAAGCAACAGCAGUUUUUGUCAAAGCUUUUACCUCAGCACCGACUCACAGGCUUACCAGACCUGUGUGUCUGAGCCAGUGUCAGAGUCAAAUGAGACUCUGAACUCUGCAAACUCAACAAUCGUCGGGAAUCUGAGUGAAACCAAUACAUCCAAGCCAUCAAGUGCAGAGAUUUGCCAAAAGGAUCAUCUUGAAGAGUCCUACCAUGGAGCAGAGGGCGUGACAGCAACACUUGUGCCAGCUUUGACCAAAGAGAACAACUCUGGUUUGGAAAUUCCCCUGGCUGCAUCAGCAAUUUCAAACAUUAGUAGUAAUCCAAUCCAGCUCACCUUCAUGUCCAAUGAAGACACCAUCAGCGAACACAAGAGCCAGCCGGCUGGUUCCGACUUGCUGACUUUCCAAAAUGGUGUGUCUGACCCCUUAAGCAAAUUCCCCAGUGGUUCGGAGCCAAAUGAGACUUCAAAGUCUACAAACUUGAUGUUCUGUGGAGAGUUGAGUGAAAGUCAAGAGACUGAUGGAGCGAAUUUCAGCCAGUCAACCGACAUAUUGAACCAAGAAAUCAGCCAAAAGGACCAACUUGAAGGUUUUAUCCAUGGAGCCCAGGACGACACAGCAACUCUUGAGCCAAUUCCCACCAAAGGGAGUGAUUUUGGUUUGGAAGUACAUCCUGCUGCAAUAACAGACUCUGGAGGAGUUCUGGAAAGUCAGCAAGCCGUUUCAGGUGACCCGUACACAAACUGCCCUCAGGCGCAAGUUGCUCUGCUACAACGCUCCUUCUCUGAGGGCACCCUUACUCCUGCCUUUGACGACCUCCUCCUGCCCUCCUUUGGGAGUGAUCCCGGUGCCGUACAGGAAUCCUCUUCCGCUCAACUUGACCCUAAUCUCCCUUCUCUGACCUCCUUUCCUUCCUCUUUAACUCCUGACCAAAGUAGCUCCCCUGUAGCGCUCUCUUCCCUCCCUUCCUAUGCCAACGCCACGGCAAAUUCAACACCCAGCAUGGCACGAGAUGCGGCGCCAAAGCCAGUGCUUCGGGAGACCGAUCCGCGACAGCAGCAGUUGGGCGAUCAGGAGGAGAACAGGUGAGGUUGCACAUGCUCAGUGGAAAGCUGGAGAGGAAGCACAUUUUCCCACUUCUAGAAAUUUCUAUCCUGUCGCCUCGUUGGUCUCCUUUUGACGCUCUGCUUCCGCCUGCUUUUCUUCUUUGGCGCCAACUCUCGAGGGGUUUCUCCUUUCGUGGUGUAACCUUCUCUUUUUUCAGCUCUUUGUUAACACAAACACACACACAGAGACACACACUGGUGUUAAAGGGACUCUUCUGCAGGUGUCUUGUGUGUGUCCUGGCUCGAUGGAAACAGGAGGGGAAACAGAGCCUCAGGCCAAUUAGCAGUUAUUAUUUUGCCCCGAUUCCAACCACACACCCCCUCCCUCCAAACACACACACACACACACACACACACACACACACACACACACACACACACACACACACACACACACACACACACACACACACUCACAUCCCCUCCCCAAAGAGCCAGCUAGUACUCUCACACAGGCACACUCAUUUGCCAAGAUCUCAACCACUAACCAGCCUGUUUUCAAGCCGUAAAAGGUGUUGUUGUGUCAUUUCCUUUUCACCUUGUGGUAAUAACACAUUUAACACAGUUCUUCAAGUUUGAUAGCACCAACGCAUGCAAUUAAGUCUUUCAGUUUGGAGCUAAUUUAAUUUCAAUUUUCACCAGUAUUUCCUUUAAUGAGGACUCUUAACACCUGUCUAACCAUCUCCUCUUCGGAUCACAGGAUUCAAGGGUUUCUGGGCUCCCUAAGGUGUCAGUAUCUUGUGUCACUCUGGAGGUCUAAAGGACAAAACUGGAAUAUUUCCGCAGCUGAAACAAUAUUUAUGUGACUGAUAUUUUUAUUGUGUUUGUGUAAAUCACGGCAGUUAGACAGCUCAUUAGUUAGAGGUCUGAUGAGACAUAUUUCCUGUGGUAUCGUUGAGGUUUAUUCUUAAAAGAUCUGUCAUGUUGACCUGAACAAAGCUAGCUAAAUGACAAGUUAGAAGAUUAGUUAAAUGAGAGUGACGCAGUAUCAUCUUUUUAGCCUUAAUAGCUUAACUUAACUUCUUUUUAAUUUGAAGCCAGCAACAUGUUUGGAAAUGUUGGGACAGGCAUAACAAAACACUGAAAAAGUUUCAUAAUGUGAAAAAACAACCUGAAGAAACAUCUCUCAAAUAUUAAAGCUAAUUUGAAACAGGUUAGAAACAUGUUUGGGUACAGAAGGGAUUUGAGAGUUCGUGAGUCUCUCAGAGGGAAAGGUGGGAGGAGGUUCACAGCUGCGUGAGCAAACAGGCCAACAAUUUCAGAAUUAUGUUCCUGUGUGUAAAAUUGCAAAGAGUGGGAAUACUUUGUGCAAAACGGCCAAGUCCCAUGGAUGUUUGGGAUCUUUGGGCCCUCAGGCAGAAAUGACUCUGUAGCGGGAAUCACCACAUCAGCUCAAAAUUGCUUCUAUAAAGCUCUCGUUGUGAACAGUUUUUGAUACUGCUGCCACAAGUGUAUGAAAUGAACCCCAAAUGAUGAACAUGCUCCAGUCCCAACUUUUCACAAAUGUGUUGCUGGUAUAAAAUUUGAGAUUAGCACAGAUAUUUCAAACAAAACUUCCACACAUUUCACCUAACACCCCCUGAUCUUACUUCUGGUACUUAUUAAAGACAUUAGAGGAGGAAAUGAUGUAAAUUAAAAUCCAGAAACCUUUAGACCUCCAGUUUGGCAGCUAAAUGAAAAUCUUACAUUCAUAAUAAGUUGCGUAAAACUAAAUCCAGCCACGGCGUUGUUACCCUGGUAAAUAUCAAACAUGACUGUCUCUGUGUGUUGCCUGUUGUCGUCUCGUCCAGCCCCCAUCCUGUGAAGCCCCUGACCACUGCCAUGCUGGCUGACGAGAAGCGGACUGAGGGCCGGUCAGUGCUGGCCACGGGCCUGGAAAAGCUCAAGUCCACCAUCAACGCGGGGAGGAGCACCCAGAUCAGCGAGCAGGAGACCGAGAGGAAGAAGGUAGAUGGAGACGGUUAAAAACACAGCAACACUGCCUUUCAGAGGCAAGAGAUGAGAAUGGAGAGGAGAUACUGAGAUAAUCUUUGACAGGAAAUUACACCGUCAGACACAGAGAAGACACAACAGCUGACUCUGAGCAUGAAAACAUUUAAAUAACAUAUAAAGAGCAAAAAAAUAAAGAUUCCUAGACUGGAAUAUAACUCCCUAUGAGACACCGUAUUUGUGUGUAUCCUCUCAGUGACUCAGGUUAUUGUGGUAUAAUCUGCCUGUUGUCUGAUUCUGGUUUGACCAAUCAGAAUCAAGUAUUUAAUUAGAAGAACUUUUAAUCUUCAAUGAAAUGCUGCAUCUUGCUCCCUUUCAGAGAUUCACUCUGUCUGUCCUCCCUCUCUGUGUCCAGUCUCUGACAGAAGGCGCGGGCUCGUACUACCACCUGAACCACAGCGAACUGGUGGCCCUGCUGGUGCAGCGGGAGGCGGAGCUGGAGAGGCAGAAGGCGGAGUUCGAGCGUCAGAAAGUCCUGCUCGCUAAGCGCGAAGUGGAGCUGAGGAAGUUGAAGCCCCAGGUCAAAGAUCUGGAGGACUACAUAGACACGUUGCUGGUGCGCAUCAUGGAGCAGAAACCCACUCUCCUGCAAGUGCGGUCCAAGUUAAAGUGACGAACGAGGAGGGAAGGGUUUGCAGUUCAGUCCGCAUCUGUUCACUCUAACCUCCACAACAGCUCUUUAGUCUUUUCACUGCUAUGCUGUCCUUUUUGAUACGAAUAUCUAGGCACUGAGAGAUGUCGAGGGAGAGGUUUUCAGCCGGCAUGCUUUACUGUGCUGAGACACGUCCUCGCCGAAAGGUUUCUGAAUGUAGCGGGUCCUCAGGUUGUUUUCAGGUUCACACAGAGGGUUGGUUUUUAGUUCACAGAGGAGUGAAAACACAGACGCUCCCACGCUGGGGUCCUGAUUGUAGAGCAGUUGAUUCCUCCUUUUCACCUCACUUAUCACUUCUAUCACCUUAUCACAGGAAAAGAAAGAAGAGGUGGAGUUUCAGUCCAUGACGAUGUUAUUUUCUAAAUUUUAAAAACCUGUUUUAGCUCAUUAACCUCAAAUUUCCUGUCCUUUAAAUGUGAAUUUUUGCCUCUUCUGUAGCUUUUCAAAGGAAUUAGAUAGUUUUUCAGUCACUCUAGGCUGCCCAAGGCUGCAGUUCAUUUAUCUUCAGACUGAAAAUCAACUUGCAGAUACUUGAAACCUCCUCCAGACAACCAUCUAUCCGAGUGAACCUUUGUUUUCAUGUCAUGGUGGCGUUGCAAGUGCAGGAAUGCAGCUUUCAUGCACUGCAAAAAUGCCUCGUUAUCUGAGAUAAGUUUGAAUUUACAUAAAGCAGUUCACUUAGAAGCUUUUUCAGGGUUCUGCUACUGAGGAUUUUUACAGUUUAGUGUAAUUUAAGGAGUAUGUCUCAAGUUACGAGUGUAAGGAAGUUUGACAAGAGUUUAAAAGCCAAACUUAUUUAGUUGUAACUUCAGAGAAACAGAAGUAUCUAAUCCUUAAAAACUGUCUCUCAUUAGUUUUGUCAUGAGAAAUCAAUUGAAAUUUGUGAAUCUGGUUGUUUCUGGCAGCAUCUUCAUCUCUGAGACUCCUGCAUGACACAAUCUUAACACAUGACCGACGACAUAAUAGACAAAUAAACAAAAGGUUUUUCACCGCAGUGGUUCUCAAGUAUGCUUCAAGUUUCUGCAAGUGUUUUUCUGUGGUUCAAGAAGAAGGUCGACACAUUUGGAAGUACCUUUGUUUGUGUAACUAAAGCGGAGCCCUGUAAGCAGAUCUGCACCGCUUUCAUGCCCAGAAAACAACUAAUGAGGUGGAGCUGGACAGAAAUCAGCUUGGUUUAAGACUGGAAGCAGGAGGAGACAGCUAGCCUGGUUUACUCCAAAGAUCUCGAGAAUUGUUGUGGGAUUUUAUCAAAAAUAUAAAGUUAAAAGAAAAUUAAGAUAUCUGGACAGAUUAAUGAUUGGAAAUAUUCAGGGUUCACAGCAGCAGCUUCUGAAGUCGUGGUCUGAUUGAGCAGCAACAUCAUGAUGAUCUCCAGUCAAGGAAGAAAAACCUAAUAUCGCAGUAAUCUCUCAGCAUAGUGAUUUGGUAAAUAUGGAUGACUUGUCCCCUAAAAAAUGAAGCCAAAAAACCCUCCUCUGGACUCUUUCAGAGCCAGGACCACAGAGCAUCAGGUCCCACUCUUCCUGUUUACCAAAAUUCACAUUUAAUCCACUGAUAAAGCGGCAAAGAUCCCUCUGGUUGGUAAAAACCCUGAUAAAGCCUUGAUUUUGGUCUUGAACUUCUGAAACUGCACAGAAUAAAAAGUAAGAGCGUUCUCUCUCAAAUUGAAACCGGUGUUGUCAGCAUCUUUUCAGAAGGUGUACAUCCUGUCAUGGGCUGAAACUCUACAAAUGUUCCCUCAUGUUCUCGGACUAGUUAUUGAAACUACAAACCAAACAGGUGGUGUGUGAGCUCAGCCUGGUCUGGUGCACAUCACUGGGAACUUGACUGUAGCUUCUGAAUGUUCAAAAGUGUUCUUAGCCAGCAAGUGAAUGGUUUCAUUUUCUACGAGCGACGACUGCUGUUUCUCUUUUGCUUGUUCUUUUCCUUCUUUUCCCUCCUUCCCUAUUUCUCUUUAUUUUUCUUCUUUCUGUUCAAUGGGCAUGUCUUGAAAUUACCCAUGAUGCUCAGCCUAAUAAGCUAACUGAUUCUUGUGUGGGUCACGGCGUUAUCAGGUGAAGACAGGUAUCACUCAGUAUCAAGAUCAGCGCAUCACAGCUUCUCUGAUCUCAUGCUUCGGCCUUCCUUAAAUGUGUGUUAUCAACACGGCGGCUCCUGUGUGGAGAAAAAUGCCUGCGACGUGCCGGUACUUGACUCCCCCCCCUCCCCCAUCUGUGUUUGUGUCACAUCCGCUUCAGCUCGUGCACGCAUAUCGCUACCGCUUCCAGGUGUUACAAAGGGAUAUAUACCGCAUUUUACAGCAUAUAUGCCGUAUUGAAAUGCCAAACGCUGCCUUAUUUUUGUUUUGUUUUGACGUUCAGAAAAAAAAUCUUAGCACUUCAUUUUCCUUGUGAAGGUUCGGGGGAAAUUUCAAGAGAGAAAGAAGCCAUUUGUUCACUUUUUUCUGACGUUUCUUUUCAUGCUUUCUUCUGAUAUGGUUUAGAUCACUGCACAGGAAUAACAUGUAUGCAUACCAAUAGAAAACGAGCAGUCACGCCAAAAAAAAAAAGAAGCCUUGAAACUCAAUCUAUGGAGCAGAUUGAUACACCAUGAAGUAUUCUGAUAUGAAGCCACUUUUAACAGCAUUCGUGGAUGUUCUUGCACUACUUAAUCGUCAGAGCAUAGCCCUACUGUACCUGUCUGUCCAUAGCGGUAUAGUUAGAUCUACUUUACACUGUACUGCACUUUCUAAUCGCUCUGUGACUUAAGCACUCGGCCUACUCUGACACAACAACAGUGAUUUGCCAGUGAGCUUGAAGCAUACAAAAAAAUAAUAAUAAUAAAAACAUCCCAAAACAGUCUUGUCAUCUCAGUUCUGCUGUGCAAUCGCAAUACAAAGUGCAUAGACGACUGUAGAGACAUAUUUAAAUGUGACUCGGCACUUAAGAAUAAACGUCCUCUUCCAUGUCUUCCAUUUUGAACGUUUUUUUUUUUCUUUUUCUUUUUCAGUUUAAACUGAUUGUAUUUUGUCCUCGAUUGUGUAGCCGGUGGAAUGUGCUCAUGGUAGUGUGUAAGAUUGGAAAGUUUACAAUUCGUGAUGCAAUUCUGUUUCACAAAUUUUGUAUAUUUAAUAAAGAAUAUUUUGUGUUUCUUGCUCACCGUA